GACGAGCUUUCCUCGUCCGGCAGCCCAGAAGCCGUGGCCAUCGCCGAUCGGAUAGUCUUGGUGCCCCUUUGUGGCUCAGCCUCGGGCGACUUGCCUGGGCCGGCAGAUGCUGCGGUGCUUGCCCAGGAGUGGCAAGUCGCGAACUCUCCCCUGAUAGCCGUGGACCUGACUUUGCCCACGCCCACUGCAGAAGAGUGCCAGCUCUUGGCAGACAUGUGGGUGCCCCGUGGUUCGGAGGCUGCUUCACACGCGAGCAGCCAGUCGAGUUUGUCAGAUUCUGGUCUGCAAAGCACACAUCGACUGGUCGCCCUCGUGUGCUUCAUGUGGAAUUUGCGACAUUAUGUCGCCUUCUGUUGCAGACAGAGCGACCCCAGCAGCUGCGGACUAGUGGACAUCCUUGAACCAUGGUGA